AUGGCUUCAAAGCCGAGCUCAACGCCGACAAAGAUCGGGAUUCUGUCGCUGGGUGACAUGGGCGCUGGGAUUGCGAGGCUAUUAAUUGCGCAUGGAUUUCCCGUUUCCACAAAUUGCCAAGGACGAAGUGAGGAUACGGCUGAGAGAGCGCGCAACGCCGGCGUCGAGCUUCUCUCGUCCGACCUGGAGCUCGUCCAGCAGUCCUCCGUCAUCUUCUCCGUCGUGCCGCCACGGGAUGCAGAGGCCACCGCUCAACGAAUUAUCGAUGCUUUGUCGGGAGAUGGUUCUUCUCGUACGGAGACGCUGUACUAUGUCGAUUUGAAUGCCGUUGCGCCGUCGACGUGUAAGAGCAUCGCGGCGCUGUUUGACAAGGCGAGGGUCCCUGUCACGUUUAUCGAUGCUUGCAUCCUGGGCGGACCUCCCAGCCUGAAGACGAAGAAGAAGAAGAAGUCUUCCGACAAGGAAGGGGGGGAAGAAGAACAAGAAGAAGCUGAUGAAUGGGAUCAGCCGAGCAUUCCCGUCUCGGGACCUGCAGAACUGUUGACGGCGUCGUUGCCGGACGGGGAGAGGCUCACGUCCGUGCUGAAGCUGAGGACGAUAUCGCCCGAGAUUGGCGCCGCGAGCGGCCUCAAGAUGUGCUUCGCGUCCAUCACCAAGGGCUUCACGGCGCUGGCCACGCAGUCCUUCACGACGGCGCACCGGCUGGGCGUGGCGGACGAGCUGAGGCGGGAGCUGCGCGACAUGGUGCCCGCCGUGCUGGCGCGGGCGGAAAAAAGCGUGCCGGGGAUGCCGCCUAAGGCGUACCGCUGGGUGCGCGAGAUGGAGGAGAUUGCCAAGACGUUCUCGGACGAGGGCGGCUGGGAGGGGACGGUGUUUGAGGGCAUCGCGGGGGUGUACCGGGCGGUUGCGGAGGAUGGCGUCCUUGGGAAGGAGAAGAUUGGGAAGAGGAAGAGGGGGACGAGUCUGGAUGAUGUGGCGGCGGUUAUGGCGGAGGGGUUGGAGGUUAAGAGGAAGAAGAGGGAGUGA